UUAUUUAUCAAGAUUUAUUUGCAAAAUUUUAAUAUAACCUUGUACGAUUGCGAUCAACAUAAACAAAUUUUUAGUUAAGGAAACGUUCACUCCGGAGAAAGAUAAAAAGAAUCAUCAUCAUUGUUAUUGAAUAGGAGAACCUCGCCCAUAUCCAUACAGCUUGUUAUCGCUAUUGUUUACUCAAUUAACUUAUAACAUACGUAACCCAUGAUUAAGUAUUAUAUAAAACUGGAAAUUAUAUACAAAACUACAAAUAUUUUCUUUUAAAAUCCGUGCAAAGCGGGGACAGAUGUCGCGACGUAACUCCGGGGGGUCGAAUAUCGUCACCUCACGUGAUCCGUACUUGGACAUAUCCGAAACAUCAUCCCCCCCGAAAAGUAGAUGAAAAUAUUGUUUUGGAGCGAACCCGACGACCCGUAACCAGUUAAAGGUUUUCGAUGGGGUUUAUCGGAGGGGAAGGUACUAAACACCUGUUUCCUUGUUUUCCGCGGUGUGUAUUAUUGUCAUCGUGUCGCAGUUUGCUGGAGGUGGUCCAAUCGACGAAUACCCUAAAAAUAAUGCUGAAUCUUCCCUGUUCGAGUCGCUACUGGUUGGGCCACUUGGUUAAACGACGGAAUCAUGAUCCCUAGAACAGGGAUUUCGGUAUCCAAGAAAGAGGUCCUAGCAUUGCUCAUCUUGUUCAUAGUUUAUGUUUUAAUUGGAGGGGCAGUUUUUAUGGCAAUAGAAUCACCGGCAGAAGAAUCGACGAGGCACGACUUAGUGGUAGAACAAAGGCAGUUUAAAGAGAAAUUAAGAUUCUUCGACCAUCCAAAUUUCACUCAGGUGGAAAUCGAACACAUAAUAAGUACUUUAGCGGAUGCCAAAAGCAUGAAUUUGGUAGACGAAGAUGGGAACAUCACGCGCAUCAAUUGGAGCUUUUAUAAUUCGUUCUUUUUCGCCAUAACUGUGGUUACGACUAUAGGUUAUGGCCAUUUAGCGCCUUCUACUGUACCGGGUCGGAUUUUUUGCGUGUUUUAUGCCAUGAUAGGCAUCCCCAUGACCGGAAUAUUGCUAGCGGCAAUAGGAGAUCACUUCAGCAAACAUUUAAUGAAAAGUUUGGAGAGGGCCAAAAAGUACUAUUCGUCUAAAGUAGCUUUAGCCAUUAAUGCCUUUACCUUUCUUCUGCCUUGGUUUGUAGUAUUUAUGAUACUACCAGCCGGAGUAUUUACUAUGAUAGAAAACUGGACUUUUAUAGAAGGCCUUUACUAUUGCUUCAUUACUCUGUCUACUAUCGGUUUUGGAGAUUAUGUAGCAGCCAAUUUCGACGGUGAAUAUAUCUGGAUAUACAAGACGGGAGUGGUUCUAUGGAUAAUAUUCGGUCUGGGAUACUUAGCCAUGAUAUUGAAUUAUAUCUCUCGAGCUAUGAGGUGCAAGCACAUCCGGAGGGUGGAGAGGCGUUUAUCUACAAGUUUUCAUCAUACCCAACAGAAAUUUGGACAGAGAAUAGACGAGAUAUAUCAUAUUUUACAAGAAUUUUCUAAGAAACAACCAAAAUCUGGACGACACGGAAUGCCACGUGUGCAAUCGUUUCCUAAUCCCGAAACGCCCAUCCUUUCGGAAGAGAAGGAUACUGUGAGGGACAAGAACCACAACAGGGACUAUCAAAUACAACGACUUCUUAAUUUAGUGCAAUCUUUAAAAGACGAAUCAAAAUAUCCAAGCAGGCAUCGACAACCUUAUCAUCCCAGGCGCUUAAAAGGACAAUUAGAAGCAUUAGAUCUGGCCACUCAAGGUGCAUUACCGCAGAGGAGACACAGUCUUCCUAUUGUUCUUGUCUCCGGUGCAGAAGAAGAGACACACACUGACUUCAAACCCUUUAACAGAAGUCAUUUAGAGUUUAUAGGACCUUGUUUUGGUAACAAUAAUAGUAACAGCAGUAAUAACAAUAAUAAUAAUAAUAAUACUUCUAAUUCAAAUCACGGUACACCUAAUAGGAGGAUAUCACACUUGACCGCCAUUGGAAUCGAUUUAGAAAGUCUACAGUCGACUAGUGUCUGACUUAUUUAGUGCCUUGGAGAGAAUAUAAAUGAUAAAUAAUAAAGGUAUUCUACAUUUUCCUCGAUUACAAAUCAAAAAAACGAAAAUGGAUACCGAGAAUUCGUCCAUUACCGCCUAUAAGUAGAAUGCCUGCUCAGCGAGUGACAUACUAUGGAUGAAGUUCUGAGACUAUUUUUGUAUAUAAUGAAGCAGAAUAUAAAUAAUGUCUAUUGACAUUCUUUUUCUUGAUACUUCAAUUUUUAACUGAAGUUUGAUUUUGGACUGUAUUAUUUGUCAUUAUGUGGACAGUCACCAUUUUUAAGUUCAAUCAUUAAGAAAAGUCCCAUCAUUUCCGUCCAUCUAUGACAAGGUUAGAUUUGAUUUAUGUACAGAAUAUGUAAAUGAAAAAAAAGGAAAAUGUUUUUAUGUAAAUAUUUUAAAUUUAGGUUAUUUAAUAAACGAAAAAAGUGUUUUGUUUGAAAAUAUUUUUUAAUUUUGCUUUAUAUAUAAAACUUUUUGUAAAUAUUGAAAAAAAUUCCCAUCCCUUCCCAUUUGAUUAUGUUGAAAUAAAGACUAUAAUAUAUAAUAAAUACAGAAUACGGAUUUAUUUGAUUAUAAUUAACAUAGUUUGCAUAAUAUUUCACAAUACUCUACAAUACAAAAUGAACUAAGUAAUAACUUACUGUGGAAUACAUCACUGCAUUGAUAUCAACACAAAUUGAUUGUAUUGAUAUUUAACAUUAAAAAAAAAUAAACUAACUUUGAUUUUUUUUUUAAAAAAGUAAAUAUUGAAAAAAUAUGGUCAUAUCCCAACAAAUGAGAUCAAUUUGAGAUAUUUAUUAUUAAAUAAAUGGGAAAAGUUAAUAAAAUUACAAUUGAGAAGAUAAAU